GAAGUGAGGAGGAAGCACAUUCGCCUGCACAUGGAAAGCACGCUGACCGCCCGGGACAAGGUCGGGGUGCAGGAUUUUGUGCUGUUGGAUGCCUACACCAGCGAACCUGCUUUUCUGGACAAUCUUCGAAAGCGUUUCAGCGAGAACCUCAUCUAUACCUAUAUUGGGACUCUCCUUGUAUCUGUGAAUCCGUACCAGGAGCUUGGAAUCUACACUAUGAGCCAGAUGGAACUUUAUCAAGGGGUCAAUUUCUUUGAACUGCCACCACAUGUCUACGCCAUAGCUGACAACGCUUACCGCAUGAUGUGCUCUGAGCUAACUAACCACUUCAUCCUCAUUUCUGGAGAGAGCGGGGCAGGGAAAACGGAGGCCUCCAAGAAGAUUCUCCAGUAUUUUGCCGUGACCUGCCCAAUGACCGAGUCACUACAAAUAGCCCGUGACAGACUGCUGCUCUCCAAUCCAGUGUUGGAGGCUUUUGGAAAUGCCAAAACACUCCGGAAUGACAACUCCAGCAGAUUUGGAAAAUACAUGGACAUCCAGUUUGACUAUAAGGGCAUUCCCGUAGGCGGGCAUAUCAUCAGUUACCUGAUAGAAAAGUCUCGAGUCGUCUAUCAAAACCAGGGCGAGAGGAACUUCCACAUCUUCUACCAGCUGCUGGAGGGAGGCGAAGAGGAACUCCUUGCUUACCUUGGACUUGAGCGGGACCCCCAGCUGUAUAAAUACCUCUCACAGGGUCAUUGUGCCAAAGAGUCGUCUAUUAAUGACAAGAACGACUGGAAAACUGUUUCCAGUGCCUUUUCUGUCAUCGAUUUUACUGAAGAUGACCUCGAGAAUCUCUUUGGAAUUCUUGCCAGCGUCCUACACCUGGGGAACGUUUGUUUUGAAGAGAACCACCAAGGCUGUGCCACGAUCCCAGACACGCACGAGAUCAAAUGGAUCGCCAAGCUCCUGGGGGUCCACCCAUCCAUCCUUCUGGAAGCUCUCACCCAUAGAAAGAUUGAAGCCAAAACUGAAGAGGUAAUAUGCCCACUGACUCUGGAACUCUCUGUCUACGCUAGAGACGCAAUGGCAAAGGCCAUUUAUGGACGAACAUUUACUUGGCUAGUCAACAAAAUCAAUUCCUCCUUAGAGAACAAGGAUUUCACCAAGAAGACUGUGAUUGGAUUGCUGGAUAUCUAUGGGUUUGAGGUCUUCGACAAGAAUGGUUUCGAACAGUUCUGCAUCAAUUACUGCAAUGAGAAACUCCAGCAACUGUUAAUUGAGAGAACCCUUAAGGCGGAACAGGCAGAAUACGAAAUGGAAGGCAUAGAGUGGGAGCCCAUUCAGUAUUUCAACAACAAGAUCAUCUGUGAUUUGGUGGACGAGAGACACAAAGGGAUCAUUUCCAUUCUGGAUGAAGAAUGUAUCCGUCCCGGUCCCGCUACGGACUUGAGUUUCCUGGAGAAACUGGAAGAGAAAGUAGGCCAGCAUGCACACUUCCAGACCCGGAAGCUGGCGGGGCCAAAGGGCCGAAAGAGGAUUGGCUGGAUGGAGUUUCGGCUCUCUCACUACGCAGGAGAGGUCACGUACUGCACCAAAGGCUUCUUGGAAAAGAACAAUGAUCUCCUCUACAGACAUCUGAAAGAAGUGCUCUGCAGUUCCAAAAAUCGCAUCCUGAAGGAAUGCUUCCUGGUGGCUGAGUUAGAAAACCGAAGAAGGCCACCAACGGUGGGGACUCAGUUUAAAAACAGCCUGAGCAGCCUUCUGGAAAUCCUCAUCUCUAAGGAACCUUCAUACAUCCGUUGCAUCAAGCCCAAUGAGAGGAAAGAACCCAGCAAGUUUGAUGACUUGCUCAUAAGGCAUCAGAUCAAGUACCUGGGGCUGAUGGAGCACCUGCGGGUGAGACGGGCUGGCUUUGCACACCGGCGGAAAUAUGAGCAUUUCUUGCAAAGGUACAAGUCCUUGUGCCCAGACACCUGGCCACACUGGCACGGGCCUCCAGCAGAGGGCGUAGAACGGCUGAUCCAGUACAUCGGCUACACGCCCGAGGAGUACAAGUUAGGGAGGUAAGUGGCCAAGAAAUCCCCAUUGAAAAGGUUUGUGCAUUGACCUGUAUGUGUCUAGAGCCUGGAGAUGAAUUUUUAAAGGAAUUUACAUAGAUUGACAAGCGGAUACCUCCAUCCACUCAAGUUAAAUGCAGCUCUGUGAAGAAAACACUGUGUGUACCUGCUCACCUUGCUUUGCUCACACAGAAUAUUACACAACGUUUCUGAAAGUAGCUGAGUGUCCACAGUUGAGCUCCGUUCUGACACUGUCUACCUAGGUAGUGUCCAAUGCCCAAGUUAAGGACUCAGCCUUGCCAGACUGUCUACCCCCGCCCCCCACUUCAGAUGCCAGUUACAAGUCCCACUGGUCACCUGUGCUUCUGACCACUGACUGGCUAGCUAUUGGAGGUUCCCAGGACCCCCUCUUUGGGUUCAAUCGAUUGGCCAGAGUGGCUCAGAAAACUCAGAAAAAAAUUUUUACUUGGGUCCCUGAGUGGCUCGGUCGGUGGAGCCAUCAGCUCAGGACAUGGUCUCGCAGUUCAGGAGUUCGAGCCCCGCAUCAGGCUCACUGCUGUCAGUGAAGAACCUGCUUCAGAACUUCUGUUCCCCUCACUCUGCCCC